UUCGGAUACAAACAUAAUGGCGAAAAGCAAAAUUUGAAUUAUUUUGGUAGGCUUUUGUUUCUAGCUGUGAAUAUUUUGUCAAUUUGCGUAGAAUUGAGCUCAAAAUGGUCGAUGACAUGAUAAGGAAGCUAACUGGUAUUUUAUUUGGGCUCAUAUUGGCCGUAUUAUGUCGCGUAACUGUACCCCUCACUCGGCGAUUAAAAAAUACUGAAAAAGCCAUCAAUGUAAUUAACUGUUUUAAUGCUCUGACAAGCACCGUUUCCAUUACUUUAUGCCUGUAUUUGGUGAGCAUUUAUUUAGCUAACUUAAGUGGUCAUUGGCUUGUUUAUGGGCUUGUACCGCUGCAGAUAUUCGUCCUUCAUUGGACGUACUUCGCAAUGACAAAACAACUAGAAGCCAUAAACAUGAACUAUAGUUCCUUCCUGGAUAGCUUAACACUCAAGUGGCUGGCUCACUCCAAUUUCAACGAGACAGAUUGGCCUUCGCUUGAAAAUGCCAUGCGUUGCUGUGGAGUGGAGGGUCCCCGUUCUUAUAUGGAUUUUCUACAAGGUGUUCCAAGCCACUGCUAUAAUCCCGACCUAAUCACUCCAGGUUGCAGUCACUUAGUUAAACACAAUCUUAAGCCGAUGCUGCAAAUAAGUGUAUUGUUGCUGAGACUAACCAUUUUUGUGGAGCUGGUAAUAUUACUUAUUUCCUCAGCAAAGCUUUUUAAGAAACUUGUUAGCUUGAUCGGUGACAGGAAACGGAAAAGAAUAAUUAUGCACUGUUUAAAUUUCAUUAAAAAUACGUAUUAA